AUGCCCUCUGCUGUCGGGCAUCGUGACCAAGAUGGCUCUCUGCCUCGUCUCGACAAGCCAGAUGCUCCCGAGCCCAGCAGGUCUCGCCGCGCAGACUCGAUCCCGUCGCACCCUCUCCGAGUAAAGCCCCUCGGUAAUCGCUAUCUGUCCGACGGGCCCAACGCCCGCGCCAGCGUAGGCGCAUGGAGUGCUCUCCCCGAUGAGAUGCUCAUGCUGGUCCUGGAGCUCUUUGACCCGAGGGAGCUCCUCCGCCUUGGCUCCACGUGCAAGUUUCUCUACGCCUUUUGUCAUCUAGACGAGUUAUGGAAGGCCGUAUUCCUUCGAUUGCCGAGGGAGGAUAGCCAGCCACUCGGAUGGCUUGGGUCCUGGAGACGCACCGUUCUGGCCUUGUCCAAGGAUCGAGAGGCUCGCGUCGACUGCGGCAAUGUCUAUUCUGACGUCUUGCAUCGGCCGUUUGCUUGCACCAACAUCAACCUUGAGCCAUAUGUCACCAACAUCCCCAAAGCAAAUCAGAUGCGCCGGCUCGACAAUGUCACCUACGACCAGUUCGCGGAGCGAUGGACCGAAGAGCCCUUUAUCCUGACGAAAUGCAUCCAGGACUGGCCUAUUUGCUCCACGUGGUCCAUCGGCAGCCUCCUCCGAGACUAUGCCGACGUCGAGUUCCGCGCCGAGGCCGUCGACUGGACACUGGCGCGAUACUGCGGCUACAUGAGCGACAACAAUGACGAGAGCCCGCUGUACCUGUUUGAUCGCAAGUUUGCCGACAAGAUGGGCAUCAAAGUUGGUUCAGAUGCCGACGCAGCGUACUGGCGGCCGGAAUGCUUCGGGCCCGACCUGUUUGAGGUUCUGGGGAGCGAGCGGCCGGCCCAUCGAUGGCUGAUAGUCGGGCCCAGGAGGAGCGGCUCGACCUUUCACAAGGACCCCAACGGUACCAGCGCCUGGAACGCCGUGAUAAAGGGUGCCAAAUACUGGAUCAUGUUUCCUCCGGCCGCGCAGGUGCCGGGCGUCUACGUGUCGCCCGAUAGCAGCGAGGUGACGAGCCCGCUGAGCAUUGCCGAGUGGCUGCUCACCUUUCACGACGAGGCCCGCCAGAUGCCAGGCUGUGUGGAAGGCAUUUGCCUUGCUGGCGAGAUUGUCCAUGUGCCGAGCGGAUGGUGGCAUCUGGUGGUGAACCUGGAGAGCGGGAUAGCUGUGACGCAGAACUUUGUGCCUCUGUCGCCGGGGCUGAAGCUCGUCUCGGAAGUGCUGUCGUUCUUGCGCGACAAGCCGGACCAGGUUUCCGGGUUUUCGAGUGCCGUCGAGGACCCAUACACGCUUUUUGCCGAGAGACUGGGGGAAACGUACCCCGAAACGUUGGACAAGGCUUUGGACCUGGCGGACAAAAGGAGCGGCAAGAAGCGCAAGUGGGACACAGCCGUGGCGCAAGGAGGAGCGGGGUUCAGCUUUGGAUUCGGGGGCGACGAGGACGACGAGGAGAUAGACUGA